UGAUGGUUGUCGAGUUGAUAAUUAUUUAAUUGUCGGCGCUCUUCGGGUCACUUCGGCAGCGAAAAAGCAAAUCGCUGCCUCAGGCACCAAGGCUUUUCACCCUAGUGCAACGUCGAGCGACCACUCCGUGUGAGCUCGGCUUCUCGACCUGUGCUACUUCUCCUAGUCUGCCUCCCACCACCGACUCUCAAUUGGCCUGAAACCACGUUGAUUGCGGCUUUUGCAUCAUGUCUGUUCCAUCCAUGACCAGCUAUGUCGUUAAGCGGCCAUACCUGCGCCGCUGGCUGCAGCCGAUUGCCGAAUGGUACACCAACGCUGCUGGAUACCGCCGCCUUGGAUUGAGGGCCGAUGACCUGAUCCCCGAGGAAAGCGAACUUGUCCAGAAUGCUCUCCGACGUCUUCCUCCCAAGGAAGCCUAUGACCGUGUCUUCCGCCUUCGUCGUGCCUUCCAGUGCUCGAUCUCUCACACCCUUCUCCCAGCUGAGGAACAGACCAAGCCUGAUGAGGAUCGCGAGUACCUGAGUCCUAUCAUUCGGGAACUGCAGGCAGAAGCCCAAGAACGCGAAGACUUGGACACUCUGGUCGUCAAGCGGAAGUAAAUGGGCUAAUCACAAGAAGAAAAACGAAGAAAAAAGACGUUGAUGUGAAAGGGAAAAGAAUUUAUAGAAUGAGACUGUGGAUGAUGGACGUGCCCUGAAUGAGUCGGGAUUAGAGACUUCUGUACUCGUACUGUACAAACAAAUCAAUACUCUUUUUUCUCCUUUGUUCUAGAAUUGUUCCACAUAAUCGAUAUAAACAAGGUCUGCUCUUAUAUUAAUUGAUAUAUACAUGAUAUUGGUAAUUGCACAGUAAUCAGUUAAAUACGUUUAUAUUUACAUCCUCUACCCUCCACAUAUACCACAUGAAAAGCGACCUAAUA